AUGCAACUCACCAAGUACCUUAUGCUGCUGGCAGCCGUGGCCUCCACCACCCUCGCUCGCCACGAAGGACACCAAAGGCGUCACGCCUCGAUCGCGAAGAGAAUCACUACCACCGCCGCCCCAGCCGACACUGGGACGUCUCCCGCCUCCGCCGGCCCAGCUUCCGACCUCCCAUCUGCCUCAUCCACCUCCAGCCAGUUCUCCACCUCGGGCUUCGGCAGGAGAACAUCCAGCUCGGGCUCCGGCAUUACAUACAAAGGCAACGUCGGCAAUCCCUACGGCAGCAACAUGAUCGAAGUCUCCGAGUCUGACGCUCAGUCUUACAAAUACGUCGUCAAGCUCUCCGGCCAAAAUUCCGAGCCUUGGGACGUCGUCUUCUUCAACAAGUACGGCCCGACCGGUCUGAUGAAUGGCUGGUUCGGCUUCUCCGCGCUCAAGCUGUCUCUCGGCGCCGGCGAAACGAAAUACGUCGCCAUUGACGACGACACGAACGGUGGCUUUGCUGCGGCCGCGGGCGGCAGCAUGCCCCUUGACCCCGGCGGUGGGUACGCCACGACCUGGGGUGAAUUCGAUUUCGGCAGUACCGGCAAUAGCGGAUGGUCGGGCUUCGAUGUCUCUGCUAUCACACCCCAGAGCGCCGGGAUGGACGUGCAGGGGAUGAAGAUCUGCGAGGAAGUUAGCGGGACUUGCUCGAGCAUCACGCCCGGUGCUGCGAAGGUGCACAAUGCGUAUACUAAGGCCGAGACUGCGGUCGGCGGUAUCGGCGGCAAUAUCCAGAAGGAUCGACGGAUCGUGCUGGAUGUCACAAUCGAUUACCAGGGUUAA